AUGAGCACCAGUACAACCACAGAUGAAGGAUCGGGCAUCUCAACUACCAUGACACCGUCAACGACUGACGAUGGAUCUGGUUUGACGACAACUAUUUCAGCGACCUUAACGAGCUCCACCAGCUCCACCAGCUCCACCAGCUCUACCAGCUCCACCAGCUCUACCUCCUUUGCUAGCUCUACCAGCUCUACCAGCUCUACCAGCUCUACCAGCUCUACCAGCUCCACCAGCUCCACCAGCUCUACCAGCUCCACCAGCUCCACCAGCUCUACCAGCUCCACCAGCUCUACCACCUUUGCUAGCUCUACCAGCUCUACCAGCUCUACUAGCCUGACUAGCUCUGGAUCGACUGCUCUGCCAGUGUCGACCACGACGGACGAUGGCUCGGGUAUGACAACAACGACUGUGCCACCAUCAACAACAACCACGAUGCCAACAACAACUACGAUGCCAAUGACGACCACGACGGACGAUGGGUCGGGCAUGACAACAACGACUGUGCCACCAUCAACAACAACCACUAUGCCAAUGACCACCACGACGGACGAUGGGUCUGAAACGACAUCAGGGCCCUUCACUUCAACAUCUAUCACAACUACAACUGAUGAAGGCUCUGGUCUAACAACUACACCAACCGUAUCCACUGCGUUGCCCACUCUCUUCCACGUCUUCCACGUCUUCCACGUCCUCCACAUCCUCAACGUCUUCAACCUCCCCAACUUCCUCAACGUCUUCCACGUCUUCCACGUCUUCCACGUCUUCCACGUCCUCCACGUCUUCCACAUCUUCCACGUCUUCCACGUCUUCCACGUCCUCUACGUCUUCCACAUCUUCCACGUCCUCCACGUCCUCCACGUCCUCCACAUCUUCCACGUCUUCCACAUCCUCCACGUCCUCCACAUCUUCCACAUCUUCCACGUCCUCCACAUCCUCAACUUCCUCAACUUCCUCAACUUCCUCAACGUCUUCCACGUCUUCAACGUCUUCAACGUCUUCCACGUCUUCCACGUCUUCCACGUCUUCCACGUCUUCCACGUCUUCCACGUCUUCCACGUCUUCCACGUCUUCCACGUCUUCCACGUCUUCCACGUCUUCCACGUCUUCCACGUCUUCCACGUCUUCCACGUCUUUAACUUCCUCAACGUCUUCAACCUCUUCCACGUCUUCAACCUCUUCAACGGCUUCGACGUCUUCCAUGUCUUCCACGUCUUCAACCUCUUCCACGUCUUCAACCUCUUCAACGUCUUCAACGUCUUCAACGCCCUCAACUUCCUCAACCUCCUCGAUCUCCACGACCUCUCCAACCUCUUCAACCUCUUCAACCUCUUCAGUCUCUUCGACCCCCUUAAGCUCCACAAUAUCAAGUACAGCCUGCUUCAAUUGCACAACUUCUACAAGCUCAACCAUAACUACACCAGCAACCACGCUCACAACGACUUCGACAACGGUCGUGACGACCACAAUUCGAUCUUUUCCACUACCACAACUUCAGAAACUAUUUCAACGACGCGGGACACGACGACUCGACCAAUAACGACAAAGCAGGAUAGGAUAACGACGACUCGACAAGCAGACACUACAGUCCCACCCACAACCCGACGUGUAGACACUACAGUCCCACCCACAACCCGACGUGUAGACACUACGGCCCCACCCACAACCCGACGCGUAGACACUACGGCCCCACCCACAACCCGACGUGUAGACACUACGGCCCCACCCACGACUCGACGUGUAGACACUACGGCCCCACCCACGACCCGACGUGUAGAUACAACAACGCGGCGCACUGACACGACCACCGUGCGUGCCACUACACGUGAGGAUCGAAGAACAACUUUGCGACCCAUUCCAACUACCACAAUCGCGACUACGGUCGGCAUCAAUGUGACAACCGGGGGUGCCGAGGCUGUGGUGGGAGGAGGUGCUGGUGGUGGAGGCGACCUUUUGCCUUGGUUUUUGGUGCUCUUGGCGCUCUUUCUUCUUUCCCUCAUGCUUCUUUGCUGCAUCCAAGCAAUGGCCUUCAUGGGCAGUGCUGUGGGCGCUGGUGCUGUUGCUGAUGAGAGUUCGAUCGGCAGCAGUGAGAGCUCAUACAGCAUUAACCUCUAUUCUGAGAUCGGAGACGGGGUCAUGGCGAAUAACGGACUUUACGGAGCUGUGCCAGCUGGCCGACCACCUUUGCCAUCACUACCGACAACGGCACGCCCACCUGUGGCCCCUCCGCUACGCACAUGGUAUACCCACACACACACACAUGUGUGUGUGUGUGUGUGUGUGUGUGUGUGUGUGUGUGUGGAUGUUGAUGAGGGUCAACCCAACCUAUGGCAUACAUCGGGCGCGAUCGAUGGUAUCCUUGUCGAGGGGGGUCUUGACGGCUACGGUCUGAGCCUCCAUGUCAAUGCUGAUAUCCUCCACUUCUGCAUGCACACGAGUCCAAGCCAAGCAAGCUGCAAGCACAACCGCACCGGGGACUUUCUUGAGCACGCGCUCAACGGCACCGGAGCAUCCGCCACAGCUCAUGGCCACGUUGUAAAUGUGGGUCUACCCGAGCGAAUGGGCACAUGUUCAAGGGGUGAGGGAUCAAACACACGCACCCAGCCGAAUGAAGAAACAGCGGAACAAGAGGGAGGGCACUGCGCGCUGGUAUCGGAGAAUCAGCUCGAUCACCGCUUGGGUUCGGAGCGGGCGGGUGAAGCAUUGGUGGCAAACGGCAAAGAGAACGGACACUAUAUUGGAGGACUGGAUGAUGUGUCUGAAAUCGACGUGCGCGAGGAGCUAGAAGACGAGGAGGGUGAGGAGGAGGAAGAAGAGGAGGAAGAAGAGGAGGUGGACAAUGGCAUGCUUGGAGCGGAGGGGGACGCGGAUGACGCCGAUUCGACAGGGGACGACAACGGUUCCAAAGCAACCAAAUCCGCUGGCUCUAGUAGUUCGACUAAGGCCAAAGGCAAGGCCAAGGCGAAGAGUGGCAGCACCACUUUGCCUGCGUUGGUGCCAAGCACGCGCGUGCGUGGCCCCGUGGAAACCUUGAUUGAGCUCGGCAAUCGACAGAUUGCGCUGCGGGCCUAUGAAGAGGCCUUGAGCUUUUAUUGCCGCGCCUUGCAGCGUUUGCCCGAGAGCCCGCUCGAAGCCACCCUGCGCCUGGCCUUGCUGCUCAAUUUGGGUGAAGCCUCCCUUUUGCAAGCUCACGAGCAAGCUGAGGCGCGACAGCAACAGCAGCUUUUACAACAACAACAACUUCAGCAGCAGCAGAUGAACGGGACUGGGCGUGGCUUGUUUCCACCGAUCGCGGGCGCCACUCGCCCUGCGACGCGGGCAACCCGACCGACCACCAAGGCUGGUGGACGGCCACCCACGCGGAAAAAUCUCCCUCCGCCACCCAAGCCAACUGACUGGCUUGAACAAGUGGAUCAAAGCACUUUGAGCAACGCCUACAUUGAGGAAGCCCUCGCUCUGAUCGACCGCAACCCCUCUGUUGAUGUCACGCAGGCCUGUAAAAACUUGUGCUUUCCCUCUGCUUGCCUUUGGUGGCCGCAAGAGCUUGUGCCGCCCCCAGAUCCUGCGGCAGCGAAAACCAAAGGCAAGAAGAAAAAAGGCAAGAAGAAGGGCAAGAAAAAACGCAAAUAG